UGGUCUCUGACGUGGCUGUGUGGAUUUAAAAUGUCUCGUAUGUCGGUUUGUUUCCAUCCAGGAGGCGAAUUUCAGCCCCGGAGACUCAGAAACGGCUGCCUGCGGCGCUUUAACAGGGCGACGCGUCUGGGGUGUAUCAGCUAACAUGUGGUUCAGUCCGCUGAGAGAGGAGCAACCGGUUUAACAUGUAGCCGCAGCCUCCAUCUCCGCCCCGGCAGAGCGAGGUCUCCGCCCCGGCUCGGAUAACCGCGGCGUUCGCGGUGUGUGGACUGCGUGUAACCCGGGAUACUCUGGUGAUUACAGCAGGGAAGGGCGGCCAGGGCGAGGCGUCGGGUCUGCAGCAGGAAUGGGCCGCGCGUUCGGCUUUAUCCUGAGAUAAAGCGGAGACGAGGAGAAGAUGCGCUCGGAUGUGGAGUACAGCCCGGUCGGGGAGGGACUGGGCAUGCGCGAGUACUGGCUGUACGCGUGCCUGCGCAAGGUGGCCGUCGUGGGCGCGCACGCGGUCGCGCUUGGCUUCACCGUGCUCGUGUCCGCGCUGGCAAGACCCGGGACGAGUCUCUUUUCUUGGCAUCCUCUCUGCAUGUCACUUGGGUUCUGUCUCUGCAUGACGGAGGGGAUCCUGCUGUUUUCAGCCGACGGCUCCCCGUUCUGCUUCAAGUCCCGUAAAGGGAAGAUCCGCGUGCACUGGAUCCUGCAGGCUCUGAUGCUGCUGGCCGCCGCCACCGGCCUGGGCUUCAUGGUGGCCAGUAAGAACGUGUCGGCGCGCCCCCACCUGGCCUCGUGGCACAGCAUACUGGGUGUAGCCACUCUGGUGGCCACAGCGCUGCAGGCGGCCUGUGGCGUGUGCCUGCUUUUCCCCAAACUCCUCGGCAUCUCGUCCAUGCCGCGCCUGCGCCUCUACCACGCCACCUGCGGCCUGGUGGCCUACCUGCUGGCCACCAUCACAGUCGUGGCGGCCAUGUUUACGGACUGGUUCCAGGCCGCGGUGAAAGGAGCCACGUGGUACGGCUUCCUGCUGCUGCCGCUGUUCCCCGCUCUGGUGGUGAUGAACCAAAUCACAAACUCCUUCCUGCCCAAGAAGAAGCUCACGACGUGAAACAGCCACAACACAGACGGCCCGAUUUAGACUCUCAUUCAUUUACAGCGCUGAAAUGUUGAUAUACAUCGGCCAUCGAAAGUUUGGGAACACCUCUAUUUUCAAAAUGUUAGAGUUCAAGUGAGCACAUGCUGCACAAACACGCGUGUGAAAAAGUUUGGGCGCCCCCGGCCAAAUCAUAUGUUCACUGAAUUAGAAAAUUAACGAUGUGUAAUUUCAUCGGGGGUGUUCAAACUUUCGCAUACGGCGCACACACGGAUUUACAGUGAGGUACUGAUUUGGAAAUUGUGGGUUGAAGGGAAUAUCGUUCAUGGACAUAUCUGCUGAUGCUGACAAACAUUUUUAGACACUGCAUUUAUUUACUAUUAUUGUAAAUUGAAAUAUAUAUUUAAUUAUGUGUAUAUAUAUAUAAAUUUAAAAAUCAACAAAUGCAUUGAUAUGAAUAAGAUGCAGAUAUUUAAGUGCAGUAGCCCAGCAUCCCCUAAACAUGCUGAUCUUGAUAGAUCAUGUGACACUGGUUUGAACUGUCAGUCAAGUCUAAACGGCAUCGGACAGAUGUUUCUUAUCGAUAUGAUAUGAUUAUCCAAUAUUAACCACUACUAUCGCGAAUCCCUUAAGAUUUCUUUGUCAGUUUGCAGUAAGCAGGUUCAUUUAGAGGAAAGUAAUGUAAACAAAACGGUCAUAUUCAAAAAUAUUCAUAUGCAGUAUAUAAGUGUUGGCACCCCCGGCCAAAUAAGGUUUUGUUGAUGUAAGUGUAACUGAGUGAGUAGAUCCUCUACAGUGGCACACUACUGCACACUUUAGUGCACAGUUACUGCUGAUAUGCUGAAUUUAACAUAAAAAAAUUAUGAUUAAUAAAAUUGUUAUGGCACAUGUUUCCAACAGGGUUAACCUUUGCAAGUAAAUAUCCACAGAUGUCGUGUGCCGGUCUUCUCUGUAGAGGACGUGUUAACUUUCAGUUAGAAAAUCAUUAAAACGUGUAAUUUGAUCACAUGUUCAAAACUUCCCCUUAAGUGCUUUUAACACCGGUUUGGACACAACUGUCCCGUCGUUAUUUAGGAAACCCUGCUCUUCACAACAAGGAAGAGACUUGAACAUGAAGCUGAAGAUGAGUAUAUCCAAAGCUUCAUGCAGAGCUGUUCUGUAAAUCCAACAUUACUUAAAAACAAAUUCAAAAGAAGGCCCUGUUUCCCCAAACUUUUGAUGGGCAGUGGAUGGUCCCUGUAAAGGCGUGGCUGCACAUUUUAUCAUGAUUUACUUUGGUACUUCCUGCUUAAAGACACGCUAUUUCAACUAAUUUGGGUUUGAUGUGCUUGGAGUGUGAAACUGCAACUUUCUAGAUCAUUUGUGCUCUGCAGUACAGAGGAGCUGCACCGUGUCUGUCGUUUAUCUGUUUUAUCCUCUGGCCUGUUCUCGUUAGCACUGACGGAAAUGGUAGUCGUUUAAGGAGAGACCCUACAAGUGAACACGGUCAUCACAGCACAAUGAAUCUUUGAUCACAGAUAUUCUUACAAGUGUUUUUUUUUAGGUUUUUAUUGGAAGUUUUCUAAAAAUGAUCAUCAGAUAUACAGAUCAGGCGUUAUCUACUUAAAUAAUGCCUUUAAAAAGGGGCAGUCGUGGGCUGGAGGUUAGGGAACUGGCCCCCAAGGUUGCCAGUUCGAUCCACAGCGCUGACAGUCCAUGACUGAGGUGUCCUUGAGCAAGACACCUAACCCCCGACUGCUCCCCGGG